AUGAAACAAGAAAUUUUGGCUGAGUUUCUGCUUGCGCAGACUGGCUUGGAAGAUAUCAUGCCUGAGAAUGAGUUUUGCAAAAUAAUUGCAACAGGCAUAAAACCUACACGAAAAACCAAGAAACUAGCAGGAAAGAAACGGCGAAGGCCACAACAUCAAUCAGACAAUGCCAAUCGAGAAAAAAAUGAAAAUGAAAAUAAAGACGAAGACGGAGACGAAGACGAAGACAAAAUACUGAAAGAAAACAUAAAGAAACAUCAAAAGAAACGGAAGAAGACUAAUGACGAGAUGGUGGAAGUCGGGUCUGGGUCCGAAACAGAUCGCGAGGAUAUGACCGAGAUUGAAACCGAGGCCGAGCAUCCGGAUGAAACAGAAGAUGAAAGAGAACAUUCAACUGAAAGUGAAAGUGAAAGUGAAAGUGAAAAAAGUGAAGAUGAUUCUGAAGACAAUAAGUUCACCAUUCGUUCGCGGAAAGUGUACCGCCAACUUUUGAACACAGAUACCAAGCGUCGGGCAGAAACUUUGGCAGCCAUUGAAACGUUUUGUACAGCUCCGUUAGUUGAAGACCCACCAUUACCGAUGACUUCGAUUCCUGUGCCAACCAAAAAGACAAAAGGCUCAUUGACUGAUCCUGCAGUCACGUCUGCGGCCUCUGCAGAGACCCUUGAGAAAGCCCCAGAUAUCAUGGCGCGCGCGCUGGUCGCCGUGCUGGAGCAACGUAUUACGGAGCUUGUGAAAGAUACUGCUGAGCGUGCAUCUGCGGCCAAAGAAAUCGUACAGGACGUUGAUAGUAUUGCAGCAAGUGUGAAGAGAGCACGUAGCAAUGCUUCAGCGCAGGGAAAUCCGAUUGGAAGUAUCGGUAGUGGUAGCAGGCUUGUGAAUUUUGUUAAUGAAACUACAGAACAAGUUCGUGAGCUUCGUGAGGAACUGGCCCGUGCAAGAAAUUUACAAAAUGCAUCUAAAUCAUCGCAAUGA